GAAGAUGAUGAAGAAGCGGGAGUGAAGAAGAAGAAGAAGAGGAGGAAGGAGGAAGGAGGCGGGUGGUUGAUAUCUUGUUUUUCCCCCCGGAGCGGAAAGGGCGUCACGCCGGCCCGCAGGACGGAAGGAAAGGGGGGCGGGGGGGAGCGAGCAACGGCAGCAGAAGGCUGGAAAACACGACGCCAACCCCCGCGAAGCCCCCACCCCGCGUCCCGCCUCAUCCCUCCAUCAACAUCCUCGCACCGUUACACCGACGUUAUCGACAUCGAUCCCGAAUUGGAUUAACGCGCGGAGGGAGAGAGAGAGAGAGGGAGAGGAAGCACCAUCGCCACCGACAAUCCGCGGUCCUCCCCCGGCCUCCGCGCCUCCGGCAUCACCCAUGCGACGGCACGGAGGCGCCUGCGUCAGCACAAGCGGGGACUAGAGGACUCUCCUCCGCCAUGACGCACUGACGGACAUCCGACGCGAGCACAGAUGGGAUGAAAAUGCGGCGACACCGGGUGUUCUUGCUGUGCACAGUGGGCCUGUGCGUCAUCUCAUUCCUGCACUACUACAAGGCCCUCCACUACGUCUCCCUGCUGCGAGAACUCUCCGCCCCCGCCCCGUACUCCAACAUCAAGUCCUUCAUCAUGGUCUCUGGCUUGUUCUGGAGGGAGAAGGGAGCGGCAGCCACGUUGCUCAGCCCUGCCUCCCCCGAAGAAGCCCCGCCCCUGCCGGCCCUCCACCCGUCGGACGCCAAAGGCGACGCGGCGGAGGACGCAGAACCGGAGCCGGCGCCCCCUCACCCUUGGCAGAAACCAGAGGAGAACCUGCGGGUAGACGUUCCGAAUCAGCAAGAAGAAGACCACUUCCAAGCCCGGGAACCCAGCCGCCUUCCUCGACCUGCAGGCGUUUACCAGCAGGUCAUCCUGUCGGACAUUGAGCACCCGGCGGGGUCCCUGCUGGACCAAACUUCAGACCCCUUGGAAUCCAUAGGAGACAUGCACACUCGCACUCACCAACUGCAAGACGACAAAACUCCGUACUUUGCGCGGACCAAAGCCGGAGCUCUUUGCUUCCGGCAGGGCACGGAGGUGGCUAUUCCAAAGGACAACUCCGGAAGGACGGGCGCCGCCGCGGCCGGGGAAGGCGGACGCACAGGGCUGCCCGGGCUUCGGAAACCUCUGGAGGUUCAGCAGCAGCCAUCCACACUUCCGAAACCCAAGACGAGGACACGAGUCGGGCGACGUCUGGUGAAGUGCGUGUGCCGCCCGGGGUGGCACGGACCCUACUGCGGCGUUCCCACCAUGGUGUACCACUCCAACCUGCCCACCAAGGAUCGCCUGACGCCCAGAGAGACUCCUCGGCGGGUCAUCAACGCUAUCAAUGUGAAUCACGAGUUCGACCUGCUGCACGUGCGCUUUCACGAGCUCGCCCAGGCCGUCGACCUGUUCCUGGUCUGCGAGUCCAACUUCACGGCAUACGGAGAGAAACGACCUCUGAGUUUUCUUCGUCGUCUCCUCAACGGCACGUACGACUACGUCCGCCACAAGAUCCUGUACGUGUUCCUCGACCACUUCCCGGACGGCGGGCGGCAGGACGGAUGGAUCGCCGACGACUACCUGCGCACCUUCCUGACCAGCAACGGCAUGUCCCGGGUGGACGGCGUCCGGUCGGACGACGUCUUCGUCAUCAACGACGCUGACGAGAUCCCGGCUCGUGAGGCCCUCCUCUUCCUCAAGCUGUUUGACGGCUGGACGGAGCCUUUCGCCAUCCACAUGCGCAAGUCGCUCUACGGCUUCUUCUGGAAGCAGCUGGGCUCGCUGGAGGUGGUGUCGGGCUGCACGGUGGCCAUGCUGCGCGAGGUCUACGACGGCGACGGCAUCAAGCUGCGGCGGCGCCAGUACUACACGCUGCCGGGCUUCCGCAGGUACGAGAACGAGACAGGCCACAUCCUGGUGCAGUGGUCCGUGGGCAGCCCCUUCCACUUCGCCGGCUGGCACUGCUCCUGGUGCUUCGCGCCCGAGGGCAUCCACCUCAAGCUGGUGUCGGCGCAGAACGGUGACUUCCCGCGCUGGGGGGACUACGAGGACAAGUGCGACCUCAACUACAUCCGGGAACUGAUCCGCACGGGCGGCUGGUUCGACGGCUCCGUGCAGGAGUACCCCCCCGUGGAUCCCAAAGAGCACAUGUACGCCCCUCGCUACAUGCUGGAGCACUACGACAGGUACCGCUACCUCCUGGAGAACCCCUACAGCCUAACGCCCGCGUAGCAGGGCGGCCAUCCUGGGUAGGACGGGAACACCACCCGACUCGCUUAAAAAGCACUGACGGCGUUCCCGGGACCGCCCCGGACAUGACGCGACCACUGGAGUAACCAAAACGUUUCCUCAUUCCUGCCCUUGGUAGGGGGCGUGGCUAGGGCCGGUUUGCCCCGCCCACAUCCGGCGAUGACCAGCCUCUUACUUGAAGAUUCCUUCCUGUUUGGACACUUCCUGUCCGAGAUGCGUCCCCACAACGCCCGCACUCAUCUCGCAUGCACCUGUGUGUGUGUGUGUGUGUGUGUGUGUGUGUGUGUGUGUGUGUGUGUGUGUGUGUGUGUGUGUUUGUGUGUGUGUGUGUGUGUACAUGAGCGAAGAAAAAACGCAAACAAAAAAUAGUAUUUAUGAUUUAAAUGGAAGCUCCAAGUUCCCACAUGAGAAUUGCAGGAAUGUGUGUAUCUGUGUGUCCGUUUGUGGUUAUUUGUGUGUGUGUGUGUGUGUGUGAGUAUGUCUUUUUGUGUGUGUGUCUUCAUGUGUAUGUGUUUUUGUCUUUCUGUGUGUGUGUUUGUGUCUUUGUGUGUGCGUGUGUGUGUGUGUGAAUUUGUAAGUGUGUGUGUGUGUGAAUGUGUGUGUCUUUGUGUGUGUGUGUGUGUGUGUGUGUGUGUGUGACUGUGUCUUUGUGUGUGUGUUUUUGUGUCUUUGUGUGUGUGUUUGCGUCUGUGUGUGUUUGUGUGAAUGUGUUUGUGAAUGUGUGUGUGUGUGUGAAUGUGUGUGUCUUUGUGUGUGUGAGUGUGUCUUUGUGUGUGUGUGUUUGUGUGCGUGUGUUUGCGUCUUUGUGUGUGUGUGUGUGUGUUUGUGUCUUUGUGUGUGUGUCUUUCUGUGUGUGUGUGUGUGUGUGUGUGUGUGUGUGUGUGUAUGUUUGUGUGUGUAUGUCUUUGUGUAUGUGUGUGCGUGUGUUCAUGUAUUUGUGUGUGUGUGUGUGUGUGUGACUGUGUCUUUGUGUGUGUGUUUUUGUGUCUUUGUGUGUGUGUGUGUUUGCGUCUUUGUGUGUUUGUGUUUGUGUGAAUGUGUUUGUGAAUGUGUGUGUGUGGGUGAAUGUGUGUGUCUUUGUGUGUGUGAGUGUGUCUUUGUGUGUGUGUGUGUUUUUUUGUCUUUGUGUGUGUGUGUUUGUGUGCGUGUGUUUGCGUCUUUGUGUGUGUGUGUGUUUGUGUCUUUGUGUGUGUGUCUUUCUGUGUGUGUGUGUGUGUGUAUGUGUGUGUGUAUGUCUUUGUGUAUGUGUGUGCGUGUGUUCAUGUAUUUGUGUGUGUGUGUGUUUUUGUCUUUGUCUGUGUGUGUGUGUGUGUGUGUACGUGUGUGUAUGUGUCUGUGUGUGCCAAUCACACAAACGCACACUUUGGGACACACAAAUGACAUAGCGACAGACACACAAAUUGACACAGUACUUAUAAACACACUUUGAUAGACACGCACAAAAUUACACAAACUAAACAAACACUGCCGCACACACGAACAAAGUUGGCAAAAACACACAACGACACAGAGGGUCACACACAAAAACGCACACUUGAAUAACCAGCAACACAAUCGCAUGCUGAUAGUUGCACAAACGCACACUCUUAAACACACAAACUCACAACACAAUAUCCAUGUUGGAGACUACAAAAACGCACACAAUGGGACAAAGAUGAAAACUCACACACACUACACACACAAAAACGCACACGCAACACAAUUACAUGCGGAUGAAUGCACACUUUGAGACACAAACACUGACACACACACACACACAUGUUGAUUGACAUGUUAACACAUAAAAACACACACUUUACUCACUAGUAACACAAGCACAUGCUGAUAGACAAAUGACACAGCGACGGACACACAAAUUAAUAGACACACAAAAAAUGCUUAAACUAACAAUACAGUUGCAUGCGGACACAAACUACACAACAAGUGACUAACCAAUAUUCAACACAACUGCAAGCGAGAAACUACACACUGUGGAACACAGGCACACACACAAUGACGCACGCAUGAACUAAAUGGACACACAACCACACACAGAAGGACACACACGUUGAUUGACAGGUUUACGCACAAAAACGCACACUUGACUCACUAGCAAUCAUGUCUUUUGAUACAAAGGCCACUAAUUUAUCCAUUCUUAAAAAUGCAAACAUUAGCAUGCUAAUGUUUAAUUUUAGCAUUUUAGCUAAUUGUAUUCAUUUUAACCUAAAAUCAUGGCCUUGAUUUAUGGCGCCAUUUUAGAAGUAUGCUAACUUCACCACUAAUAGCAUGCUAAUGUAAUAAACUAAUAUUUUUACCAAAUUUUAUUAAUUUUAACUUAAAAAUCAUGGCUUUCUAUACAAAAGCCAUAAAUGUAUUCAAUGUUAAAAUGCAAACAUUAGCAUGCUCACGUUUAAUUUUAGCAUUUUAGCUAAUAUAUUCAUUUUAACCUAAAAUCCAUGGCCUUAAUUAAAGGUGCCAUUUUAGGAGUACGCAAACUUCCCCUAUAAUAGCAUGAUAACAUUAAAUGAUAAUACUUAAGCUAAUUUUAUGCAUUUUAACCUAAAAAUCAUGGCUUUUAAUUUUUAGCGCCACCUUAGAAGUACGCUAGCUUCACCUAUAAAGCAUGCUAACGCUAAAUGCCAAUACAUAAGCUAAUUUUAUUAAUUUUCACCUAAAAAUUAUGGCUUUUUAUACAAAAGCUACAAAUUUAACCGAUGUUAAAAUGCAAACACUAGCAUGCUAACAUUUAAUUGUAGCAUUUUAGCUAAUUGUAUUCAUUUUAACCUAAAAAUCAUGGCCUUGAUUUAUGGCGCCAUUUUAGAAGUAGGCUAACUUCACCUAUAAUAGCAUGCUAACGUUACAUGCUAACAUUUAAGUUUAAUUUUAUUCAUUUUAACCUAAAAAUUAUGGCUUUUGAUUUAUAACGCCAUUUUAGAAGUAUGCUAAAUUCACCUAAAAUAGCAUGAUGAUGUUAAAUGCUAAUACUUAAGCUAAUUUUAUUCAUUUUAACCAAAAAAAUCAUGGCUUUCGAUUUUUGCUAACCUGCUAACACUAUAACAUGCCAACGUCAACAUGCAGUUGUCAAGCUUAGUAUGUCAUGUGCUGAAUGUGGCCCCUAGGUCUUGCCAAAACAAUGACCACUCCACUUUAACUUAAAGACCGUCAAUAUCGUUGCUCCAAUAACGGAAGUGCAAAAGUUUCUAGCUGCUAGUGCGAGAUGAGUUAGCGGCGCUUAUUGCUUCAUUUGACUAUUGAUCGAUGAAUGUUUGACGGGUUAGCGUCCAAGCAGGUUGUGUCAUCGAGGGAAUCGAGUAAAGCCCGCGGCCCGCUAAUGGCGCUAAAGCGUGGCCCGCUACACCGCUUGAACCUCUGCCAGGGGCUAACAGCAGCUUUGGCACGGCGCCGCGUGUCAGUGAGUCCUCGUCAAUAACGGCAAUCAAAACAUCCCCGCUAAGUCGAGCUUGCAUGUUGAAGUUUUAUUUGCGAUGCUAAAUUCGUGUCAGGGGUACAUAAUGCAAGAUGUUAGCUACACUAGCAUAGCUAUGCAAGCGACAUGCUAACAUUACAUUUUAACAUCGUGCUCUGUAAGCAACAUCAGUGUAGCUAUGCGAGCGACAUGCUAACACUGCAUUUUAACAUCAGAUUUGGUUAGCAACACUGGCAUAUUUGUGCCAGCUAUAUGCUAACGUUACUUUUUAACAUCAUGCUAGGUUAACAACACUGGUAUAGCUAUGCAAGCUACAUGCGAACGUGACAUUUUAACAUGCUAGGUUGGAAACACAGGGAUAGCAAUGCAAUCAACAUGCUAACACUACAUUUUACCAUCAUGCUACAUUAGCCACACUGGCAAAGCUAUGUAUGCUGCGUGCUGAUACUAUGUUUUAAAAUAAUGCUAAGUUAGCAACGCUAUCAUAGCCAUGGGAGCUACAUGCUAACGUUACAUUUUGACAUGUUAGGUUAGCAACAUUACUAUAGCUAUGCAGGCUACACGAUAACAUUCAAUUUUAACAUAAUGCUAGGUUAGUAAUAUUAGCACAUCUGUGUGAGGUACAUGCUAAUAUUACAUUUUAAAAUCAGGCUAGGUUAGCAACACUAGCAUAGCUAUGUGAGCUACAUGCAAACAGUAUAUUUUAACAUCUCGCUCGGUUAGCAAAACUGGCAUUGCUACGUAAGCUGAUUUCUAACAUUACAUUUUACCAUCUUGCUAGGUUAGCAACACUGGCAUAGCUAUGCAAGCUUCAUGCUAACACUACAUUUUAAAAUCACGGAACCACAUGCCAACAUUACAUUUUAACAUAAUGCUAGGUUAGCAAUAUUAGCAUAUCUGUGUGAGCUACAUGCUGAUAUUACAUUUUAACAUCAUGCUAGGUUAGCCACACUGGCCUAGCUCUGCGAGCUCCAUGCAAACAUUAGAUUUUAACAUCUCGCUAGGUUAGCAACACUGGCAUAACUAUGCAAGCUAUAUGCUAAUACUACAUUUAAAAUCACACAGCUCCAUGCUAAGAUUACAUUUUAACAUAAUGCUAGGUUAGCAAUAGUAGCAUAUCUGUGUGAGCUACAUGCUAGUAUUAGAUUUUAACGUCAUGCUAGGUUAGCAACACUAGCAUCGCUAUGCGAGGUCCAUGCAAACAGUAUAUUUUAACAUCUCGCUAGGUUAGCAAGACUGGCAUAGCUAUGUGAGCUACAUGCAAACAUUACAUUUUAACAUCCCGCUAGGUUAGCAACACUGCCAUAGCUAUGCAAGCUUCAUGCUAACACUACAUUUUAAAAUCACGGAGCCACGUGCCAGCAUUACAUUUUAACAUAAUGCUAGGUUAGCAAUAUUAGCACAUCUGUGUGAGCUACAUGCUAAUAUUACAUUUCAACAUCAUGCUAGGUUAGCAACACUGGCAGAACUAUGCGAGCGAGCUCCAUGCAAACAUUACAUUUUAACAUCCCGCUCGGUUAGCAACAGUGCCAUAGCUUCAUGCUAACACUACAUUUUAAAAUCACGGAGCCACGUGCCAACAUUACAUUUGAACAUAAUGCUAGGUUAGCAAUAUUAGCAUAUCUGUGUGAGCUACAUGCUAACAUUACAUUUUAACAUCCCGUUAGGCUAGCAACACUCGCAUAGCUCUGCGAGCUACAUGCUAACACUACAUUUGAACAGAUCUUCAGCUCUGUAGCUGACAGGCGGGUAGUUAGCAGAGCUUCAUUUUAAGAUUUGUAGCAAAGCCUCUUUCUUUGUUGUUCCAAAGCCAGCGUUUGUUUU